GCUGGAAAUCUCGCGAUGGAGGGAGGAAGAGGUCCACCCCAGAAACUCUUGAGGAGGAAAGGCAGCCAGGCGAUUCCCAUCCUGCAGGUCCUGAAGCCAGCCGUUUGAAGAAGAGCAAUUGGGGCUUCUUACUUACUGGUGCUGUUGGUGGGACACUGGUGGCCCUGUACGCCGUGGCCACACCCUUUAUAACACCAGCCCUCCGAAAAACUUGCUUGCCUUUUGUACCUGCAACAACGAAGCAGGUGGAAAAUGUUGUGAAGAUGCUACGAUGCAGGAGAGGGCCCCUGGUAGAUAUUGGUAGCGGCGACGGACGCAUUGUGAUAGCAGCCGCAAAGGAAGGGUUCACAGCUGUGGGUUAUGAAUUGAACCCCUGGCUCGUCUGGUACUCAAGGUACCGCGCCUGGCGAGAAGGUGUGCAGGGAUCUGCCACCUUUUACAUCUCAGACCUGUGGAAGGUCACUUUUUCUCAGUACUCAAACGUUGUCAUUUUCGGGGUACCCCAGAUGAUGCCGCAGUUGGAGAAGAAGCUCGAGCUUGAACUUGAGGACGAUGCUAGGGUCAUUGCCUGCCGGUUCCCUUUCCCUCACUGGACCCCGGCCCAGGUCACGGGGGAGGGAGUGGACACCGUGUGGGCCUACGACGCCAGCGCCUUCAGAGGAGGCGGCCGGAGGCCCUGAAGAUCCGCGCGUGCGUUUCCGGGCGGUCCUCAGAUACCAACCUCGUCGAGAGGUUUCUAGCGCGUGGGGGCUUUGGUUUUAUAGAGACGUAGGCCGGUCUUCCUUCAGCCAAGAGGAUAUUUUUCCUUGCUGUGGACUGAGAAAUGACGAUUGCUUUUCCUAACCUGUGGAGAAAAAUAAACAGAAAUUGAGAGCAGCAGGUCCAUGUGCAGCCCCUCUCGCGGUGCGUUCUAGCCCCCGCGCUCGCUGCUUUCCACGCCCCGGGCGCGUGGCCGUGUGAGCGGGUGAUGAGCAUCCGAAGGGGGGGCGAGACGCAGCAGCUCUGCACGUGCUAGAGUGUGAGUUAACGCCGCAGAUGGGGAGGAGCAAUUUUAAAAAGAGGGUGUGGAUGUUUACCUUCGAGUUUCCUGUCAUUUUAUUCCUACCUAAGAUUGUCCCUUUCUUUUCUGUACUUCAUGGCAAAAUCGGUUUUCUAAAGGUUUUAGAGAGGCAUUUAUAUUUAUAACAUUUCUUAGGAGUGAUUUGUUCUAAGACCAGUGGAUGACUGUACUUUGUUGACCCCAAGAUGUACGCGUGUGUAAAAGUGUGUAUGUGUACACAUUUUAACACUUCUGAGUUGCCCUGUACCUUCCAGUUGAGGGCGCCUUAUAACUGAUGGGCAGCGUCACACUAGGUGACGUGCUAGGUUCCGAUCCCCACCUCGUCACCGGCAGGGCCUUGGACCAGCGACGCACCUUCCCGGAGCUCUUGGGUUCCUGAGCCCCCGCCUCUGGGAUGACGAUACCCUGACCAGGGGCCUGGGGACUGAUCUGUAAAACCCGCAGCACGGAGUCUGGUCUGUAAGUGGCGUUUAUUAUUUUAGACACUAAAGGAAGACCUAUUCACUGAAGUUGCAGAUUACUCCUCCUCAUCACUUCUUUAUUUUAGGAAAGCAGCUGUUUGUUGAAUAUUUCUCUGUUAUGAGAAGAGGCUUGACUGGUUUAGUUUAAGAUAAGUUAAGGCAAACCUCUGACCAGCUUCAUAUAUCUGAAAAAUUAAUAUUGAUGGGUGGCUCGAAUAAUCCCUGCAUAUCACAGAAAAGAAUUAAACUGCCCGUCAUCCACCUGAAACAUACAUACCAGACCAUCUUAACAGAAAUUUGACGACGUGAGAUAAUCUGCAUCUUUAGCUCAACUGAUUUGAAAACGGUCCAUUUGAUGAUCUUCAUUUAAAUGAGAAGCAACUGGGGACGCCAUUCAUUCAUUCAGUAAAUACUGAGUGUCUGCUGUGUAAUAGCUUUUCCCAUUCAAUGGCGAGUGACAUGCAAGGCCCCAAAUCUUACGGGACUUAUACUCUAGAAGAGAGAUGAACAAACAGGUGAGUGAACGUUACUGUGUGUGGAGUUCUCUGGAAGAGGCAAACAGUGGGGCUGUGCAUGUCUGGGGUCGGGGUGGGAUGUUGGGACAUAUGUCAGGUUUUCAGCUCCUGCCACCCAUCCUUUCGCAUUAGUCCCCAAUUUCCUUAGGAUGAAUGAAUUCUUUCCCAUUGUGUGUAGUUUCCGUGUCCACUUCUUGCUGCCACCUCCCACCCCAGCCAGCACUGUAACUUGGCCAGGCAAGUUUGCAGCAGGACCCCUCAAUAGCUCCCUGCCACCAGGGUGGGGUGGGUGGGGGUGGGGGUGGGCACGGAGGGGGUUGGUGCAGAGGCCGGAUUUAUGGAAUCUUGAAGGUUUUUCCCUCAUUUCCUAGACAUAGUCGUGCUGGAUUUGCAGAGGCAUCAGGCAUACUGCUUGCAGUUUGGGGUGUUUCUCCUUUAGCUUCCUGAGAAUUAGGUGAUGCUUGGUCCUGCAACCUCCAAGAAGAAUGAACUGCUUCAUUAAAGUGUUGUGAUUCAGAGUCUGCACGGUCUGUAAUUGACUUUUAAAAUUGUGGCUUUAAGUAAAGUGUGUAUAUGAAUUU